GAUGUCAUCACAGUGCUUUUUAGACAGCGCUCCACUUGAUGCCAGUGACGUUCCUCAUGAAUUUAUCUCUGCAGACAAGGAGGGUUCAGCCUCUUCAAGCGGACAUGAGGAGGACAGAACAUCAGUGGUCACAGUGCAACUAUGCUGCUCUUUCCAUCUGAACAUUCUUCUGUCGUGACUCACCACUGGACCAGACUGCUAGAUGCUAGAUGACUGGAUUUAGGAGGUUUGGAGGCAUCCAUCCUACCAGGCAGAACAACGGAUCAUUGCCCAACUUGUGCAUGUACUGGGAGAUCGACGCUUCUGAGCUCCUCAGCUUUCUCCCAACAUUGAUUCUGAAGGUCCUUCAGAAGAUAGUAGAGGUCCAAGAUGGGAAAAACUGGAGUGCGGAAGGAAUUUAUCCUUGCAUUGGUGUUCUUCACACAUAUUUGUGUCUCGUCCUCGGAUGAGUGCCAGCAGGAGAGGCAACGCCUACAGGCUCAGGUGAAGACCUUAGAAGAACGAGUCGCCAGGCAGCAGAUGCUUCUGAACCAGCUGCGCAGCCAGCAGACGCAGAUUUCCGUCACUGACGACAUCUACGUGGACCCCAGCGGACAAGUGGAGUAUACAGACUGUUCCCAGGUGUACAAUGACGGAAAAAGGCAGAGUGGACUGUACGUCAUCAAACCCCUCCAGUCACCAAACAAGAUGACCGUCUACUGCGACAUGAGUGACGGGGGCGGGUGGACGGUCUUUCAGAGGCGGACUGAUGGCAAGGAGUCCUUCUACAGGAACUGGGCAGAAUACAAGAAAGGCUUUGGAAACAUGCGUUCCUCAGCGGGAGAAUUCUGGCUGGGAAACAACAACCUGCAUUACCUGACAUCCCAAGGGGAUUACACCCUGCGGAUCAACAUGGAGGACUUUGAUGGCAAUCAGAGAUUUGCGGUGUACAAACAUUUCAAAGUGGCCGACGAGAAGGAUGCCUACCAGCUGGGGUUCGGCGAGUACACGGGCACAGCGGGCGACUCGCUGGCGGGCACCUACCACCCCGAGGUGCAGUGGUGGGCUAGCCACCAGGGCAUGAAGUUCAGCACGUACGACCGUGACAACGACCGCUACGAGCACAACUGCGCGCGGGAGGACAAGGCCGGGUGGUGGUUUAACAGAUGUCACUCUGCCAACCUGAACGGCUUGUACUACCAGGGCCCGUACACGGCCGUCACGGACAAUGGCAUCAUCUGGUACACUUGGCACGGAUGGUGGUACUCUUUGAAAUCUGUGCACAUGAAGGUCAGGCCUGCCUAUUUUGAGCCCAAUACAGUGUAAAUGUUGUACUGAAGUUGUUACUUGCACUGUAACACCUGUUAUAUCCACAAUACUUCACACAGUAUCAUUUUAGUUAGUAUCGUGUGCCUGAUGGGACAAAACUGAGUUACCGAAAUAAAUCUUUC